AUGGCGGAUUACUACACAAACUACUACUACAACAACAACAACAACAACGCUGCGGUAAAGCAACAGAAACAAAACAGAGUCUACUCACAUUUCUUUUACAAGGCCGUGAUCGUCUCCAUCUUCAUGUUCAUCCUGCCUCUCCUCCCUUCCCAGGCCCCGGAAUUCCUCACCCACACCCUCGACACUCGCGGCUGGGAGUUCCUCCACCUCGUCUUCGUCGGCAUCGCCGUCUCCUACGGCCUUUUCAGCCGCCGACGCAACGACGACGACGACGCCUAUUGCAACGCCGAUCGGAAAGAAACCGCCAGCUCUAAUAACAACAAGUUCGACGUCGCGCAAUCCUACGUCUCCAGGUUCCUCCCGGUAUCGUCGGUCUUCGACGACGACGUGAUCGGCGGCGGCGACGGUGCGGAGACGGCCAGCAGAGUGCAGACGUGGAGCAGCCGGUACUUGCGGAACGAGCCUGUUGUCGUCGUCGCCGAUGACGACGAAGGAGAAGGAGAAGAACGGAGCAAGUUGAUUCGGGGCGAGAAGCCGCUGCUCCUGCCGAUUAGGAGCUUGAAAUCGGCGGAAUCGGACGGCGGUUAUGUGGCUAGGUCUUCUCCCGCGGGGAAUUCGAAGAGGUUUUCGGGAGCUAAUAAGGUCGUUGAUCGAAGCGAGGUGGAAUUCGGAGACGAAUCGAAGGCUAGCGUCGUGCUUCCUUCUCCAAUUCCUUGGAGAUCCAGAUCUGGAAAAUUCGAAUUCAAAAAAUCCUCCCCGGAUCUGACGGUUGCAGUUGCUUCUACUCCUCCACCCCCGCCGCCGCCUCCUCCACCAGCUCCGCCAGCGACGGUUUCCAGAUCGACGAAGCGGUCCAAUUCUCCUGCUGCGGGAUCUGAUUCUCCGAUUUUCUCCGAGGUACAAGCCAAGAGUGCGGAGGAUUUCGUCAGGAAGAGAACCGUCUACCGCUCUCCUCCUCCACCGCCUCCACCUCCACCGCGGCCGUCCGCGGUGAGGAAAUCAACCUCGAUGAGACCGGCCUCCGCCACCGCUGAUUACGGACGGGAUUCUCCUGUCAAGCAACUGAAUCGAAGCUUCACAAACGAAAUGAAGACAAUCAGAAACGAAGAACUGCACGCGGCGGCGAGCAAUUUCAUUGAUCAGCCGAAUUUCUCGGAGUUUCCGGCGGCGGCGGAGAACGAACGGGUGGAGAAGCUGGUGAUGGAGGACGAGGAUUCGUCGGAGACGGAGUACGAGGAAGAGGAGAAUGACAAGGUGGCUUUGCCGGGUGGUGGUGAUAGUGGAAACGACGACGGGGGAGGAGGAGGUGGCGCUGGAGGGCCGCCGGACGUGGAUAAGAAAGCCGACGAGUUCAUAGCGAAAUUCAGGGAGCAGAUUCGGCUUCAGAGAAUAGAGUCGAUCAAGAGAUGCAGCGCCGCUUCUCAGGUCAGGAAAAUUCGUUCUUCCAGGUGA